AUGUCUCUAACAUACACUACACCAAACUCGACAGAAUUGGCAUCACAAACUCUGUCAGGAAAAGUGGCCAUCAUUUCAGGCAGCGACAGUGGAAUUGGCUACGCUAUUGCGAGAGAGCUCGCUUCUCGUGGAGCACAUAUCGCCAUAAAUUAUCCCUUCUCAUCUCUUGCGAGCAAUGCCAAUGAAGCAGCCGCGAGACUACCAACCAGGUCUAUUGCUGUUUGUGCCGACAUGAGCACAGUCGACGGUCCCAAAACCUUGGUAGAGUUAGCUGUCCAAGAGUUUGGUCGACUGGAUAUUGUUGUCAACAACGUGGCUAUAGCAGUCAACAAGCCGUUUGAAGAGCAGACCUUGGACGACUGGGAUCUUCUGGUCAACAUCAACGGACGAGCGACUUUUCUUCUUACACAGCAAAGUCUUCCCCAUCUCACCAAAGGGAGCGGACGAAUCGUCAACAUCUGCUCGGCGAGCUCACGUGGUCCUCCCCCGUUACAGACUAUCUACGCAGGUACGAAGGGCAUGGUGGACUCCUUCACAAAAUGCUGGGCCAAGGAAUUGCCUCCAAAGUACGGCUGCACAGUGAAUGCCGUUUCUCCUGGACCGACUGAGACAGAAGGCUUUCUUGCGGCUGGGGAGGAGGCUAUGCGUGUUUUGCAGCCAACAAUUGAUGCUACGCCCGCGGCCAAGCGAAUGGGAAAGCCGGAUGAGAUUGCUUUUGCCGUUGGGUUUCUCUGCGAGGAGCGUGCAAGCUGGGUUAAUGGUGUUCAUUUAGCUGUCAACGGUGGUCUCCACAUUGACUAG